AUGUUCAUAUCAGUCGUCCAGGUGCUUUGUAAGUCAGUUAUGACAUAUUUGGGAACUGUAUGGUUACAAUUCCAGCCAACGUUAGGUUCAGAUUGUUUUGCCUUUUGAAGCUGAGUCCUGUGAAGUGAACCUUUGCACAGUUCUUCAAAAUGAGUUAAGAUCCUUUUUCCCUUUUGCAGAUUUCAUCGGAUAUACAUCUGGUAUGCACCUGGUUGUUUAAAAUCAGACAAAGUUUUGAAUUAUGUUGAUUAUUUAUUUUUAAAUCAUAAGAACACAUUUCAUUUAUUUUCGAAUUCGAUAAGGGUAGGAUAUGUACCGCUUUGCAUGACCGUUCAAAAAUCCGCCUUCCUAUCUUAUUUAGCGGAUAGGGUUCAUAACGGUUUGCCUGGCAGUCGUUGCGUGGAUUCUCAACUUCACCGUCGUCAGUAACGUUAAGAGUGCCCAUAUAAGCUCAAAGUCAGAGUUAGACCAACGUUUGCGGUUAGGAUUAGUGUUAGGAGUCAGGCUAUUCUUAGAGAAAGUGUUGUCAGGCUUGGGAUAUGGCCUCGAUUUGAGGUUGGGGCGAGGAUUCGGGUUCGAGUUUAGUGCUUGACUUUUAGAAUUAAAAGUGGGAUCAAGGUCAAGGUUGGAGUUUAUGAAUUAGGGUUAGGGGAGUCAGGGUUAUUUCUGGGGUAUAAUGCUUGAGUCAGGUUUCCGACUGCAUCCGUGUUUGACAUACAUUUUAACGGGUAAAGAGUUACGGUUACCCAUUACAGGUAUGACCGCGGUUUCCGCUGAAGUUUCAGUUAACUAUAGUCCUCCUAGUGGGGUUACACACCAUACCUUUACCGUGAAUUCUCAGUACCCCAUAUCCAGGCAAAUGACUAGGGUAUAGCAUAUUUACACAACUUCCGGCCUCGUGGAAAAUACAAAAAUGUUAUUCAAAGAUAAAUUACUGAAGUGUGACAUUUCACCGGAAUUCGUUACAUCAGAGCUGUUUUCAGAAGGCCUAUGAGCGGUUUCGACCCUACAACAUCUUGAAUAACUAGUUUUGAAAACAGCGUAAGGCUGAAUUUGGUGCAACACUUCGAUUUUGUAACACCUAUCUUCUGAAUGUAAAAUGCAUCUUAGCCAACGAGGAUGCGCUCUGCAGAGGCUUUGCUGCGACUUUUGAGAAAACUAAAGAGCCGCAGACGCUCCAGUUAUACGCGGACUUCGUUCCUUCCGUAAGUUUGCUUUUUGACAAAGUAGGUGUUAGGAGAGACACUUAUUAUGUUUCAGUCACAUAAGUAGAUUCCCCAAAAAUCAGGAAAAUUUCCUACAAAUAGCGUUAAUUCCGAUCUCAAUGAGAACUGUUGUAACAAUUUUCGCAUCAAUGAAAUGCCUGAAUGGUGAAUAAAAUAAAUGCCGUGUGUUGAUAUAUCAUUUGCGUACGUCAAAUUGGGGGAGCCUGUUAGUGGAGUACAAAGUAAGAAUCAGUUGUUACGGCAAAGUGUCUUGAUGGUGCCAAGACUUUCGCAGACUCGAAAACAAUUAAUAAGUUUAUGCAAGGCUGCAGCAUCUUACGCUCUUUUAUACCAAACAUUUAUGGGUGAAGGUCGAAAUUAAAAGUAAAGGGUUUCUUAAUCUGAUGAGCCCAUAGUAACUGCACUACUAUGGCUUUUUGAUUCGAGAAUGUACGGUUUUAAUUUUUUACAUAAAUUUCCAAUGAUUUAAAGUUAAACCAGUUUGAAAUUGAUGCUUCCUAACCUAAAUUCUCAUUUUGAAGAGAGUUACAGUGGGAACUACGGAUAUCCAUUUAAAAGCAAACAUCUGUGCCUCGGGAAAUCAAAAUUAUCCGUGUCGGCUAAUUAAGGGUAAGGCAUGAUUCUUUACAUAAUUAUAUUUCCCAAAAGUGUACCGUAGAGGUGCCAACACAUAAAUGUUAAUUGAAAUUCUGAAAUGCGUUUUCGACUCGAAAAUAUUGCUUAAGGGUGGUUGUAAUAUUAAUCACCAUGCAGCAUAAUCCCAUAAUAAUUCAGUUAUAUCAGGAUGCCAGUUUUUAUACGAACUUCUUUCCGGCCGCCUGCUUUAACCACAGUGCGUAAAAGAUGACUACUCAAAUGGUAUGAGUAUUUCCCAUUUAUUUUCGAUGGCCUUAUAAAUGCAAAUAUAUUUCCCAGAAAACAUGCGUAAAAUAUUCAUUCUUUUAUUUAUUUGGUAGAAAAGCACGUCUUCGAUAGAUUUUGUUUUUUAACGAGGGGUAUGAUUCGGUUUUAGAAAGUAUCUAAUAAUGGAAGUUUUUAAGACCGUGAAAUACCCGUCCAUAAAAAGUCCAUAAAACUGUUCAGGAAUUAAAAACGUUUUCUAAAGCCGAAUCACAACUCUCCUUCAUGCAUAACAUUUGAAGAUGUAAUUUUCCACCAAGUGAGGAAGAAGAAUGUAUAUUUGUAUGUGUUUUCGGCAUGAAUGAUAGUUAAACUUAUAAGGGCAUCAAAUAUCAAUAAAAAAAUUUGCAUUAAGUAAGCAGACGUCUUUUAAAGUGUGCAGCUUUUGCAGACGGCCGAAAAAAAGUUUGUUUAAUAGCCGACAUCCCGAAGUAGCUGAAUUACCUUGGAAUUAUGCUGUAUAAGGAUUGCUAUUACAACCCUGCUUAAGUAAUCUUUUUGAGUUGAAAACACAUUUUGUAUUUUCGGUUAACAUUCCACGAACAAGCGUACCUACUUCACAAAUAACUAAAAACGUUUGCAUUAAAAACCAUGAAAUUAAGCAGAUGUUUUUGGUUUAGAGCGUGCUCUAACGAUUAAUCUUUUUGUUUCCACAAAUAGUGCACGAGUCUGGUUUUUGGCGUUUUGAAAUUGAUGACAUUGUGACUGCUGAUCUCAGCAGCGUUGUCGCAUCUUCUGAUUUGGAGUACCUGCCGCCAAUCGCCAUCCAUGCUCAGCCAAUUGUUGACGAAAUCAAAGGUGAACAUCCCCCUUCACGCCAUAAUUUAUUGCCUGCAAAAUUGACAGCCUUGACGGACAGCCAACUCAGCCAAUAG